AUGCCCUUGGUGGCGAUGAGGCCGGUAGGUCUAGCGGCCAUUGUUGCUGAGCUUGCGUUGCUGGGUGCGGUGAAGAGCUGUUGCAGGGGAUCCGACAGAGUCAGGAGCAGCGUCGACGUGAAAUUGAGGAGAUUGGAUAGAGAGAAGGCCAUCGAGGAGGUUUGGAGAAAGCAGGGCAAUUGGUUAAGUACUGCAGCCGCCCAACUCGCGAGCUUCCAACAGCACUUGCCGCGCGCUCUCUCGUGUGCUACGUGGAGUUUCAAUAUGCUAGCGGUCGGACGUGAUAUUCCCCCGUUUUUAUGCGCGCUUGUUGGAUGGGAACAUUAUGCCAUGAAGAUUCUUGGCAUCCCGGGCUUGGUAUUCGGUGCUUUGCACAAGAGACUGGCAAACACCGAGCCGUGA